AUGAAGGAAAACGAGAAGAUACCUUAUUACAGCUCUAGAGAGAUUUUGAUAACCAAUAAGAUGAAAUCUUAUGGAGAAACUUUGUCAGAACAAGUAAUCAUUGGGAAGGUACUGAGAUCUCUUAUUCCUCAAUUUGAUUACAUUGUUGUAAAAAAUGAACAUUCUAAAGACCUAAGCACCAUGAGGAUUAAAGAGCUACAAAGUAGUCUAGAGACACAAGAGUUACGUCUGACUGAGAGAACCUCUGAAAGAGAGGUAGGGCAGGCUCUGAAGGAGUCUUCUGGGAAUAAGAGUCAGAAGUGGUCUUUGUUAGAAGACAAGAAGAGACAUAGUGGUGGUUUGCAGAAGUCAAAAGCCUCCAAUUCUGAUGAGAAGAAACAUCGGAAAGGAAAGGAGAUGUUUGACAAGAAGAAGGUUCAAUGCUACUGUUGUAAGAAUUUUGGCCACUAUCCUGCUGACUAUUGGUUGUAUAUGGAAACUGGUUUCUCAAAUCACCUAAUUGGAAACAAACAAUGGUUGGUUGGUUUUGACUCUAGAAAGAGGACAAAGAUCACAUGUGGUGAUGAUAAAUACCUCAACACUGAAGGUAUGGGAAAUGUUAAAGUCAAAGUGAAGAAUGGUAAAAUUAUUCUGAUAAAGGAUGUUUGGUAUGUUCCUGGCAUGAAAAGCAAUCUGAGGAGUGUAGGUCAGCUCAUUGAGAAAGGUUUCCCAGUUGCUAUGAAAAAAAAUAUCUUGAAGUUGUAUGAUUUUGAUCAGAAGAUGAUUAUGCAAUUUGAGCAAGGAAGUAACAGAACACUCAAGGUGAAUAUGGAGACAACUGAAACCAAAUGCCUUAAUGCACAAGAGAUUGAGGCAUCUUGA